GGGUAGGACGAUCUUAAGUAUUUAUUAUAUGUAUAAGGUGACUUAUCAUACUCUAUAUUAAUUUUUUGCUAAAUAUAAAUUUGCAGUAAAUAUCUUGCAUCUUUUAUAUAUAUUUUCAGAGAGUUCAAAUUUCUCCAGUAUAAUCAUAGCAGUGGCGUCUCAUUGUGAUGCUAAUGAAAUUUCAAAAUGUUUUAUAUAAUACGUACAAUAUAUGUAUAGAAAUUUUCUAUGGUGAGUGUACGAGUACUUUUGCCAGCCACUGUAUAUUUACUUAAAGAAAAUAUCAAAAUCCAACAAUCGAAUUUUUCGAAAUUUCUAACCACGGAAGACCUCUUAAAGAAUUGUACUGGAAAAGAACAAUGCAGCUUUUCGCCUUGCCUUUUAAAGGCGUCACGAAGUGUUUUCAUCUACCAAGGUGUAAUAAAUACACCUUUCGCUCGAGAUCUUCACACUAACGUGAAAGUCUUAGAUACGUGCAGUUAUAUUCUACCUGUAUCCAUUUAAACUGUUUUGUUACAGAAAAGUGCACUAAUGUACCAAAUGGUACCGUUAAUACUAAUAUUUCUAAAAUCAAACAUCCAUGAUGUAUCAAUAUUAUUUUAUGUUUGACCAAUAUUUCCUGAAAAAAGACAUCUCUACAUAGACAAGAAUUAAUAAUUAAACACGUAAUAAUUAUAUGAAAUCCGUAAAUCUCGAGUUUACACCUAAAAUUUGUUUUCGACAAAUCUCUUCGACAUGAGUGUUUCAGGUAAUACUAAAAAUAUCUAAAUAUAAAAUCAAGAUUGUCCUUUGAAAUUUGUGAUAUCACAUAAAAAUAUCAUUCACUAUUUAUUAAAUAAAUUAUAAAAAUUUAAGUAUCAUAAUGACAAAUAAUUCAAGAUAUCUAGGAUAUCACAAUAAUAUAAAUAGAGAAUAUUUAACAGAUGGAGAUGAUAAUCAUCGUGCACCAUCAGAUCGUACAGUAUCUGAAUAUAUUGUGUCUACUGACCAUGCUACAAUGAUGAAAUCAAUGAAAAAAGAUCAUUCAGACAAAUAUGAAAAAGAAGAAGGAAGACAAUCACGAAAUAUACACAAUAGUCGUGGUUCAAUAUUAUCUGGAUCUUCAAGACAUAGUCUUCAUCCUCUUAGUAAAAGUAUUUCACAUGGUAGCAUAUGUGACAAUGGUUCAGAUAUAUAUGUUACAAGUGCUGCAUAUAGGGCAACUUCAGAUAUAAGCCAUGUAUCGCAUCACAGUCUAACACCAAGUUCAAGAUUAGGACAUCGAGCACCCAGUCAUUGUAGUUAUGGUUCUGCAAAAUCAGUAAAAUCUCACACAUCUAGAAAAGAUGGUAUUAUUAUAGAAACCAUGUCGACACCUAAUCCUUUUUGCCCAAAUACCAAAGGAGUUUGCUGUCUUAUGUUACUUCUUAAUCUUGGUUUAAUUCUUGUUGCAUUAGGCUUUGUUAUAGUGAUUCAAUUUUUUCAACCAUUAAUAGUUUGGAUUUUGGGAAUAGUUUUUCUUGUUUUCGGAUUCCUAACAUUGAUAGGAAGCCUCAUAUACUGCGUACAUGUAUUUCGAAAUGCUAAACAUCCACAUGAUAUCAAUCCAGAGGAUCUUUAUUGGACACGAUAUUGGCAAGGACAUGUAGGUUCAGCACCUGAAGUAUAUUACAAGGCAGAGGAUAAAUAUCAUGAUGAUGGAUACAGUGAUCGUUUGAGCAAGUAUUCACAUAAAUAUUAUGAUCGGCAAAGAUAUUAAAGAGAAAAAACAUCUACUUCAUGUAAAUGUGAAUAUAUGCAAUGUGUUUAUAGUAAUCUAUACAUAACUUACAUAUGAAUUGAUUUCAAGACAUAAGAAAUGUAUAUAUUACAUAUAUUACAUAUAUACAUUAAUUGUACUAACAUAUUUAAAAUCUAGUUUAUGAAACUAUAUUUUGUAUAAAAUAGUAAGUAUUAUUUAUUUUAUACAUAUAUAUUAUAUAUUUUAUUUUGUAAUGAGUAUAUUUUAUUUUUAUAACUUAUCUUCAUAUGCAUAAUCCAGCAAUAUUUCUAUCUUGCAUGCAAUAAUAAAAAUAAAAAACAUAUUAAGUAGUUGUA